AAAAAAUAGAAAUAUUGUGUUAAUUUUUGAAAUCGACUCCGAAUCUCACGGGUGUAUUUUGUAAUUAGCUUUUUUGUUUUUUUUUUUCAUGAAGUCACCCAAUCUGAAAAUUAACGUGGGAGGUGGACGAAAAUGUUAAAACGCUAAAAAUAGUGGGAGGGGAUAUUAAUUUUAGAAUAAAUAACUAACAGUCACGUGAUGUGAUAAAUAAAAGAGCGGCAUAUAUCCCUGAACAUAAUAUAGAAUCUCCAAACGUUGUUAGGGAAGAUUAUGUUAGUAUAAGGGGAGCGUGUUAUUUGACUUUAUUGUUAAGAAUUUGCAACAAAUGGACAGAACAACUACAUGCUAACUACUAACUACUCACGUCACAAUUUAUGCCAUCCAUUUGCAUUGGUUCAAGCUUUAGCUACGAUCUCCUUUUCUUCCUCCCUUAUCGCAUACAACUCACGCCUCCUCUCUCUCGACGUUCUUCUUCUCUUCCAGUCUCGUUUUCCUCCGAAUCUCCGCGUUUGCACGCCGCUCCUCCUGGGAAUGGCCUCGCAGGAAACGGGACGGCCCUUGCCUAAAUUUGGAGAGUGGGAUGUGAACAACCCAGCAUCAGCUGAAGGGUUUACUAUGAUAUUUACCAGAGCUAGAGAUCAGAAGAUGACCAAUGGGCCGGCUGACAAUGGGACUCCGGCUCCCUCUUCAACCAAAUCAAUAAACAAUCAAUAUCCCCAAGAGAAAAAAUGGUUUUGCUGUUUGUGAAGAUCUCCACGCUUUGGUGUUUCGAGAAUCUGUAAUGUUAUUAUAUGAGUAUUGUAAUUGAAUUAUCUCUAGCUUUUGAUGAUUAAUCCUUGUUUAAAGUUUAAACACGUAAUUUUCCAUGUCCCCCAUACUUUUGUGUAGAUUAAUACAUAUUUAAAUUGUAGGAAGAAAGGUGGCAAAGU